CUAUUUUUCUUGCCCUUUAAGAUGUAAUCUCAUGUUAUUUACUCCUAUUGAUUUAUUCAGAUUUGAUAACUGCCAUUUCCUGCCAACAAGAUUGGUAAUCCAGCAGGCUCUUCUGUCCUGUUUAUCUUCCACACACAUCUAUCCCAUCAUGGUAGAAAACGUGAAAUUACUGGAUCGUUGUGUGGGUAAGAAACCAGCUAAUGGGAGUCUAUACCUUACUGCAACCCACCUGAUCUAUGUGGAGGCUUCUCGUGCUGCCCGAAAAGAGACAUGGAUUGCACUGCAUCAUAUUGCCACUGUGGAGAGGUUGCCUAUCACUACCCUGGGUUGUCCCCUGAUCCUCCACUGCAAGAACUUCCGGGUGGCCCACUUUGUUUUAGAGUCUGACAUUGUAUGCCAUGAGAUUUAUAUUUCACUGCUCAAGCUUUCUCGGCCAGCAUUACCUGAAGAUCUUUAUGCUUUUUCUUAUAAUCCCAAAUCCUCAAAAAAAAUGAGGGAAAGUGGAUGGAGACUGAUUGACCCAAUAUCAGACUUUGGACGUAUGGGAAUACCUAACAGGUACUGGGCCAUAACAGAUGCCAACAGAAACUAUGAGAUAUGCAGUACCUACCCUCCUGAAAUAGUGGUUCCUAAAUCCAUUUCAUUGGGAACAGUGGUUGGAAGUUCAAAGUUCAGAAGUAAAGAACGUGUACCUGUGCUUUCCUACCUCUACAAAGAGAACAAUGCUGCCAUUUGCCGCUGUAGCCAGCCUCUGUCUGGAUUUUAUACCCGUUGCAUAGAUGAUGAGCUCUUGCUAGAGGCCAUUAGCCAGACGAACCCAGGGAGCCAGUUUAUGUAUGUUGUAGACACAAGACCUAAGUUAAAUGCCUUAGCCAACCGAGCAGCUGGGAAGGGAUAUGAAAAUGAAGACAACUAUGCCAACAUUCGCUUCAGGUUCAUGGGCAUUGAGAACAUCCAUGUGAUGAGAAGCAGCGUGCAGAAACUCUUGGAAGUUUGUGAAUUGAAAACUCCAACAAUGAGUGAAUUUCUUAGCGGCCUGGAGAGCUCAGGGUGGUUGAGACACAUUAAAGCUAUUAUGGAUGCUGGAAUUUUCAUUGCAAAGGCAGUUAAGGUAGAAAAGACUAAUGUCUUAGUCCAUUGUUCUGAUGGGUGGGACCGCACAGCACAAGUCUGCUCUGUGGCCAGCAUCCUCUUAGAUCCAUUUUAUAGGACAUUCAAAGGACUCAUGAUCCUGAUAGAGAAGGAAUGGAUAUCCAUGGGCCACAAGUUCUCCCAAAGGUGUGGCCACCUGGAUGGGGACCCUAAAGAAGUAUCCCCUAUCUUCACACAGUUCCUCGACUGUAUCUGGCAGUUAAUGGAACAGUUUCCUUGCGCAUUUGAGUUUAAUGAAAAUUUCCUGCUGGAAAUUCAUGACCAUGUUUUCUCCUGCCAGUUUGGGAACUUCCUUGGAAAUUGCCAGAAAGAUCGGGAAGAUAUGAGAAUCUAUGAGAAAACCCAUUCCCUGUGGCCUUUCUUGGUUCAGAGGAAACCAGACUUCAGGAACCCUCUCUAUAAAGGCUUCACUGUGUAUGGGGUACUCAAUCCUAGUACUGUGCCCUACAACAUUCAGUUCUGGUGUGGAAUGUAUAACCGCUUUGACAAAGGACUGCAGCCCAAGCAGAGUAUGCUAGAGAGCCUCCUGCAAAUUAAGAAGCAGAGAACAGUGCUGGAGGCAAAUGUGCACAAACUAGAAAAGAAACUGAAAGGCCAUGAUGAGUCACCUGAAGAAGUCUGUACCUGCUCUCAAUUAGGGAAUUUAUUAUCUCAGCAUCUGGGAAGUCCUUUGUCCAGUCCUCUUGGCUUUAUGGGUGUUGAUGGAGACCUCAGUACCUUGAUGGAGAAUGGCACUAUUUCCAGGGAAGGAAGCCUUCAAGUUCAGUUGGAUCAAGUCAAAAGCCAAUGGGAAGACCUCCACCAUGACUGUUAUGGGAUCAUGGACAACCUUAGGGCCAUAAACAUUUCUGGGGAUGUGGGAUUCUCUGGAGACAGAGGCAUCUCUGGCAACACAGGCACCUCUGAGGCUAUAGGCUUCUAUGGAGACAUCAGCAUCUCUGAGGCCAUGAGCUUCUCUGGGAGCAUGGUCAUUUCUGAGGACACAGGCCUCUCUAAGGCCAGCACCAAGGAAGCAGGCUGCUCUAAACACCAGUGAGCUACUCAUCUGUUUCCAUGCUGGGUGCACCUCUGACACUCACAAUGGCCCUUGUUCCCCUCAGAAAGACUGUGCUGCUUUUCUAAUUGUUUAAAUGGGUGAGGUCAGGGCAUCACUACUCUCACUUAAGAGUCUAGAAGGGAAUUUAGGGCCUUUAGUAGCUAAGCAACCAGUAUAUGCAUGUCAAGCAGCCCAGAAUACAGGCAAGAGAAAUAAUGUGUUAUUAUUCUAUAAUGGGAUUUAGCUUUGAAAAUGUUGUUUUUCAGCUUAGAAAUUAGGCUUAGAAAAUUACCAUUUUCCUUAAAGAUCAGCCUCUCUUACUUUUCCACCCUUAACUACUGUAACAUGAAAACAAGUGGAAAUAUCAUCACAGUGAAGAGUUAAGAUCCUUAUGAGGGCAUAGAGAUAUGGUGUGCAACAGGUAACUGAAUUGCAAAAUUGAGAUGGGGGUAGAUGUGUUCCUGUGCUGAGAACAGCUGGGACUUAUUAGACUGAGUAAAUUGAGCCUUGUUUUUCUUUGACACUUUCAAGGAGAAAGUUAAUUGCAGGAGCUGAGCUCUGCUGAAGUAAAAAGAUAAGAUAACCACCUCAAUCACUCCUAGAGUCAAAAAGAUCUCCCCAAUUAUACAUGCACAGUAAGAUUUCUUGGGGUCAAAAAGGGAGGGGGUGCCAGGCCAUAAUAAGUCCUGAUACCAUCCCAGAACCCUUUGUUCUGGAAUCCAU